AUGGCGGGUGACCUCGUCUCCUUUCUUUCUGCCGCUGGUGACGAGAUCUUGAUUCUUAUUCAUCUUUUUCUUCACAGCUCUCAAACGUCACAAGCCCCCUCUGCGCCCUCUCUUCCCUCUGUUUCUUCUCUCUCAACACCCGCUGUGCCUCCCUCUUCGCACUCUCAUCUUUCGCAUCACUCGUUUCUUCCCUCCUCUUCUCUGGAUCGCCAGAGUUUCUCCCCUGCAUCUCCCUUCACAACUCUCUGUCCACUGGCGCCUCUGAGUCUCGCGUCGCGACCUCUUCUGCGUCUUCUCUCCGACGCUUCAGCUGCCUCGUGGACUCUGACGCUUCCCCUUCCGCACUUCUUCCUCCCUUCUUCGGUCGCGGCUUUCUGUCCUUCCGCCGCUGCAGGCGCCCUCGCGCCCGCCUCUCAGCUGUCUCUCGUCUCGCCGCCGUUAUCCUCGAAGAGGCACUGGGAAGAAGGUGAUACUGAAGCUGCUGCCGCGCGGCCCCAGGGAGAGGAAGGGCAAGGAAGGAGAGGCGCGGUGUCCUCUCCUGCGCGGCCCAAAGGGUGGAGACAGCAGCCGGGGAACCUCCCCUCGACGGGAGACACAAAAGAGUGCGAAGACUUUGUCGAUCGCCACAGAGAAGACCCAGGUGGAGAAGAAGCGAACGAUGGCGACAGAUGCAGGAGAUCUCCGGGAGUUCGCCCCCCGGAUAGAUCCACCCAGACUGACUACUCGCCUGCCAACCAAGUCGAGGUGUAUGUAUACCUCAGGGAGGCCGCGGCUAGCGCGGCGUCUGCGGCGAGAGCGCAGAGUCCUGUCGCUCGCCUGGCGGUCGCAGAUGUGGACAGGACGUCUGCAACUCGUCAGCGAGGAGAGACAGAGUCCGAAAGACUGUCCAGUCGACCUCCGUCCUCCGUUCUCGUCGCCUUUGAACACCCUGCAGGCACCCCGGGGACAGGUGUACGUACACCCUAUACACCCUACUCGCUCUGCUGCUACGUCCGCAACUUGGAAUUCCACUGGCGCCGUUUUUCGCGGCGAGCAGGCGCGUUUCCUAUGCACGCGAAUGCUUGUCGUUCACGUCCUUUGUCGGAGUAUUUUUCUUCAAGAAAAAAAGAGGACUCCAGACGACUCCCGAAGAACGGACACCCGCGGGAAAGGACCCGCUCAACAGAGAUACCGGAACGGGUCCAAAGCCGCGCCCCCCCGCCAGACGCUUCUCUCCUCCUCUCCUCAUCGGGCACCUGGCUCGUCCUCGUCCUCACAAACUCUGUUGCUCAUCCCCUCUUGAGUCUCUGGCGUCUUCCUUCUUCCUCUUCCUCUCUCUCAACUUCUUCUCCCUCUCUGUCUCCUUCUUCUUCCUCGCUCUCUUCUGCCGCAGGUUGUGGCAGUUCGGAGUCCCUGGUGUCUCUGCAGACGCCUCGUCUCGACCGCGUUUCGGCCUUGUGGCGCCGCGAGGAGACUGAAGCGUUCAGAGCGGAGUGCGAGGACCCCGUACUCGUCGCGUACUCUUCGUUGCCUUUGCAUGCAUCCUCUUGCGGUGGGAAGCCGGCAGACGAGGAUGUCCCGCGGAGAGAACAAAGAGACAGGGCCGCCCUUUGCGCGACAAUUGAGAGCGAGCAUUGCCCUCCUCUUCUCUGUCUGGGGGAGACGCGUCUCGUUCUGCACAGAGGAACCAAGGUCUCGCUCUUCCGUCUCCCCUCUCUGUCUAUCGUCUCGGAGUUGUUUCCACCCUUCGUCGCCAGCGCCUCUGCGGCAGACUUCCUCUCGCUCUCUCUGUCUGCUGCGCCCACUGCUUCUCGCUCGUCAUCUCCGCCGCCGCGUCGCUUAGAGUCUGUCGUCUUCCUUCUCGGGUGGUGUGCGCCUCAGAGAGGCCGCGACAGUCUCUGCUGGUUCCGCCUAGACCUCUACAGCGCCCGCGACGGCCGGCAGGUUCUCCUCGCUGUGCCGCCAAGAGGCGGCGUGAAGACAGCGUCUCCUUUCUCGCCGUUCGCGGCUUCGGACGCUCAGCCUCUGCCUUCCAACGCGUUCUCAUCCGAGCGAAACGGAGAGGACGAAGAGGCGCAGAGGGAAAUCUGCGAGUCGCUAAAACUCGCUGGCCAACUCCCGAGCUCGUGGCACCUCUGGAGCAACGACCAGUUCAUCGUCGCCAUGCAGAGACACUGCUACCAGACACCGCGUCCAAAUGCUCCAGCAGAGGAAGAAGAAGAGAGAGAAGAAGAGAGCGAAGAGGAGGAAGCUUUCGCCGAAGAACCUCGGGAAGUUGCUGCGCGGGGAGGAGAGGAGAGCGUGUGGAGGAGGGCGACGGAGCAAGAGCAGAGAGAAAUGAAAAUCAGGAAGAAGAGGCUGUACACUGUCGUGUUUUGGCGCAUUCACGGGCUGUACAGACACCGGAGAGGCGGGAAGACAGAGCAGCCUCCGACGCCAGACGCACCAGACCGUCUGCUUCGCCUCCGCGACGGAAGAAAGUCAAACGUAGACAAGGGAGGGCGCCACCGCGAACUGAAGGAGCUGACGCGAGCAGAACAAGAAGAAGACAGAGGACGAGAAGAAGAGGGCGACAACAGAGAACAAGCAGGAGAGAGAAAAGAAGCAGCAGGAGAGGAAACAGCAGAGAGAGAAGAAGAGGAUCGCCUGCUGAUGGUUCUUGGUCGUAAACAAUACCGCAUCGCAGGCCGGUGGGGGUGUGCGGUGGGCGCCCUUGUGGAGGACCUCUUGCUCUGGUCGCCCAGCGAAAGUCUCGAACUCCACAUCACGCGGCUGGCGCGUGAGAAGAGACAGCAGAGCUCCUCGUCACUUCCGCGCGACUCGCGAAGGGCAGAAAAUGCGACAGACUGGCACACGAACCUUGAGGCCCUGCCAGGACUCGCCGCAGAGUUUGGAGGCUUUUCCGCGCUCGCGGUCUCUCCAGUUGCGCCUCUGCAUCCGCUGCCGCCUUUGGCGUUGCCGGACUUCGGGGCGUCGCCAGUGGCCAAGGAGAGAGAGCGGAGAAGCAGUCUUUCCAGUGAGUCCAGGCGCGCGACGACAGACGACUGGGCGUCUUCGCACUCGCCUUCCUCUGACUCAGACGCGACAGACUUCUCUGUCCUCUCUGCCUCGCUGUUUUCCUCUCCCUCCUCGUCUCCCUCCUCGUCUUUGGCCUCGACUCCGAAGGCAGAUGUCUCCUCCUCUGGCUCCCUCACCCUUCCUGCGCAGUCUCCUCAUCCCGUUCACAGAAGUUCUUCCACGCGUUCUUCCUCUUCUCCCUCUGCUGUCUCUUCUUCUGUCGCGUGUGCGUCUCCCGCUUCGACCUCCUGGUCCCCCUCCUCUUCUGUCUCCGUCGUUUCGCCUCGCACGCUCUUGGUGGCUGUUGGCUGCUCGGCUGGCGCCCUCCUCGUCGGGAUGCUCCAUCGAACUCCUCGCCCCCACAAGAACUCACCUGCUCGCCAGCCUGUCGGACACAGGCAAGCUCCCUUUCUCUACUCCUCUCCGUCUUCCUCUUCUCCUUCUACGUCUUCGUCUUGUGUGUAUGCUGAGGGAGGUCAGAGGAAUGUCUCGCGCGCGCCUUGGCAUGCGCCGGCACAGGGCGCCUGCAGCCGAUUCCGAGGCAGUGGAGAAGUCGGAGAGGAGGAGAGCGAGUUUUCCUUCGAGGUGCUGUGGUGCAUCAAUGGAGAAUGCAUGGACGGCUGGCGGGUCGACAGCCUUGCUCUUUUUCUCGAUGCGGGCAUCCUCGUCGCCACACACGACUUCUCGCGCGCCUUCGACCUGCGGUCUGGGGUGUGUCUGUCCCAGUUCCCCGCGCCGGCCUUCCGCUUCUCAGACGCUGCUCUGCGGUGCGCAGAGGCGAGAGACUCUCCCGCAGAACAAUCGACGGAAGACAGAGAGCCUGCAGGAGGCAACAGGAGAAAUACCUGCCGCGACAGAAGAGAAGGAGACAGAGGCCGAGAGAGAGAAGAUGGCGGCGGCGAGAGAGGAAACAGCGGGCGAGGGAGAGCCGGAGAGACAGUCCCAGUUGCGGCGACUGUGGGGGGAGGAGGGCGGCGUAUCGUGUAUCUGUCAAUCAACCGAGAAGCGUCAGAACGCCAUGCAGGCCAUGUCGACUAUGUGCUCGAGAGCGUGGAUUUCGCCCCUCCGUCUUCCGCGCCUCUCCCUUGCGAACUUCUGUCUCCCUCCUCGUCCGCCGCUGAUUCGUCUCUUUCCCCCUGGAAGGAAGAUCACGAAACACCGGAAACAGCCGUCGGAGACGCUCGGGACCGGCCUGGUGUACAUACAGCGGAGGACUGCACGCGCUGGUGGCGCUCCUGCCGCGGGUGUCGCGCCGCCCCUGGGAACCUUCGGGAAGCAGAAACGGGAGAGUUAUUCUGCUCUCCGCUCUGCUUCGAGGCAUCGCAGUGCACUUGCGCAGGUGAUUCGAAGGCAGACACUACGAGGAGCUGUGCAGCCGAGACCUCGCCGCUCGUGUGA